CUUGAACAAGCGUUGCCUGUUAGUGGAACGGAACGUUAGUGGAACGGCUUGAGGCUUGAAGUUGACGUUUACCCAAGUGAGACUUAUUCGUGUUAGCGCGACUUGCGUUAGCGACGUUGAUGGACCACCCCCCAGAGCUCAUGUUAACAACAUUUAAUUAAACACAACUUAUUCUAAUAAAUGUAAUGUUGCCUUCUCUGUCGAUAUCAUGUACGCAAGCAGAGGUUAGACGCUGAACAGGAAAAACAAAACCGGAAAGCGGAAGUAGUUCAGCACCCAUCGGUUGCUGGAGAAACAGGUGGAUAUAUGACCCAAUCGGCGUUCCAUAGCGAACGACCCAUCACUAACGUGCACUCACUGGGGUCACAUUGCACAUUGUUUUGUAAUGUUGGAGUAACACUGCUGGAGUACUACAAAAUGGAGACUACUAAAUCAGAAGAGCCCUUCCUCAGGCAUGUGGAGACAGAUGUGCUGAUUCCGAAGAUGAUGAGGGAAAAAGCUAAGGAGCGCUGUGCCAAGAAAGUUGAUGCCUUUAACCACUGCUGUAAGCAAACUGGCUUUCUUAUGGCGUUCAAGUGUCGGAAUGAGAAUACUGCCUUGAAAGAGUGCCUGACUGUUUACUACAAAGACCCAGCAUUUUAUGAAGAGUGCAAGAAGGAGUAUAUUCGUGACAAGUUGGAGUACGAGAGGACUGGCAUACCAGCCAAAAACAGGAAACAGAAGCUCCCAGCUAGUAUGUAAACAAAUUGUUCGAUAGGCGCGCCUGAUGGGCUAAUAGCACCUCUAAUUGAAACAUGUAUUUGAAACCAUUGUAACAAUGUAUUUGAAGAGGGUCUUUAUAAGCGGUUAUGACACCUUUGUAUACAACCUUCACAACACAUUAUUCCAGUGUGUUUUCAAUUAUAUUUUCAGUAUUUUAAGAAGUACUGGUACAAAAACGUUAUAUGGACACACAUGCGUCAACAUUGUUUAGAAUGAGAAAUUUCAAAACAGAAACCUGAUUCCACAUCUUAGCAUUGUACCUCACUUCUAAAGGGGAUUUAUCUAUGUAAUUUGUCUGAUACCUUGCCACACCAGGUUUGUAUGUGUGUGUGUUUAUGAUUAUGUUUGUGUGUUUGUUUGGAGUACCCUAGCAGAGAAAAUGUAUAGAGCAUUUCAGAUUUUCACGAUAAACCAAUUUGAUCAGAUUUGACCUUUAUUUGGAAAAAUACCUGUGAAUGUGUCAUGAAUAUAGAAGGGGAAUAUAUCAAUUGCACUUACACGCACAAUAAAGUGUAAUGAAUGGUUUCCAAA